CACAGUCAGAUAGCGCACUAGGAGGAAAUUCACCCACCGCUGAAACCAGCACAUUUUCUUUGGGAUAUACCGAUCGCAGAGCCUUUCGACGAGCUUUUUUUUCCCCCGACGGGGCGAACAUGGCGACGCUGGGACCGGAGCCCCGUCAUCAUUCCCAGCUGCCCUCUGCCGCAUUACAGACGAACCUGAGCGGACUGGGCUCCAGCACCAGCCUGCCUCUCAACCGGGGCUUGGAGAGAGCUCUGGAGGAUGCGGCGAACUCCGGAUUUCUGAACCUCAGCACAAGAAAACUGAAAGAAUUCCCCCGGACAGCAUCUAAUUACGACCUAACGGAUACGGUUGAAGCAGAUCUGUCGAAGAAUCGCUUGAUUGACAUCCCGUCAGAGGUGUGUCAUCUGGUCUCUCUGGAAACGCUGAACCUUUAUCACAACUGCAUCAAAAGCAUUCCUGAUACCAUCAUCAGCCUUCAGUCCCUGACCUGCUUAAACAUCAGCCGGAACCAGCUGUCAGUGCUGCCAGCGUGUGUGUGUGGUCUUCCUCUGCGAGUGCUCAACGCCAGCAAUAACAAACUCAACGCACUUCCAGAAAGCAUUGGCCAGCUCACCAAUCUCAUGGAGCUGGAUGUAAGCUGUAAUGAAAUCACAGCUCUUCCACGCCACACUGGCCAACUCAAAGCUCUGAGGGAACUCAACGUGCACCGAAACCUUCUCUGUGUCCUUCCAGAGGAUUUGGCAGAUUUACCCCUGGUCAAGUUUGAUUUCUCCUGUAAUAAGGUUUCUACUAUUCCUGUCUGUUAUCGAAAAAUGACCCAGCUCCAAUCACUACAGCUGGAGAACAAUCCACUUCAGAGUCCUCCUGCACAGAUAUGCAUGAAGGGCAAGAUUCAUAUAUUUAAAUACCUCGCCAUGGAGGCAUGUCGUAGUGACAAGAUGGGCGAUGCCCUGUACCUUCCUGUCACAGACCGCCUCAGCUUGACACGACCCACGAAUGGGAGCACUGAGGACAUUGAUCAGCACAAAAAACUUGACAGUGACUCUGGGGUGGGCAGUGACAACGGAGACAAACGCCUUUCUGCUACAGAGCCAUCAGACGAAGACAGUCUCAGCUUGAAUGUGCCCAUGACCAACAUCACAGAGGAGGAGGGCUUGAGCAAAGACGACUCCAGUGAACACAUCAGCGCUCUGACAGGAGACAGAAGUUCAUCGGAAUCUCUCAAGGAGCAUCUAAACUAUCGAGACUCUACCCUCAGCUCACCGUUCGUCAACUAUAUCAAAGGUCGAGGUGCGGAUUUCGAUGAGCCCCUCAGGAUAGAGGAAGACAACAACUGGACUUCAGAACAAACGUCAAAGGUUAACAUGAUCAAUCAGUUAAAGGAAGCAGUGGAGAUGCUACAGGAUCCUAACAGGGUUAACAUGAACUCACCUGAUGUCUCUGGUAUUAAGCUCUACCCUGUGGAAAUGGUUACAGUAGAUGAGUCGCUCAAUGGCCAAGAGAGUGACGAGGGUCAGGCGACACCUAAGGCGGCUCCUGGAGAAUGCUGGGAGUUCCAGAGGAAGAGACAGUACAUUCUAGAACGGGCCCGGCUCGAGGCCCAGCUCGCAUGUCAACAGUAUGCCCUGCACAUGGCACAACAGGGUGACGUGAUUGGCCAGGAAGGAUCUGGUGAUUGUUGUGAGAACCAAGUUACCAAGAGUGAAGACAAAAACCCAGUUUCCAGCCCCACACUGAGCUCCCCUCCCUUUGGUCUGAAGCCCAGAUCAGCUUCACCCUCUGUGGCAUGCUCGACUCCGCCCUGUCCCCUCCCCCUUACACAGGCCCCGCCCACUGAUAGAGACACGCCCCCUAGCCCAGCUGAAGGAGACAUGCCAAGCAGUGUGUUUUUCAGGACUUACAAGACUCUGGAAUCAGUGGAUCCUCAGUUCACCAUGAGGAGAAAGAUGGAGCAGCUCAGAGAGGAGCUGGAGCUCAUAGAGCAACUACGAGAGAGUAUUGAGAGCAGACUGAAAGUAGUUCUUCCUGAAGAUCUGGGCUCUUCUCUCAUGGAUGGGGUCGUGCUUUGUCACCUAGUCAAUCACAUUCGGCCGCGUUCAGUGGCCAGUAUCCAUGUACCAUCCCCUGCAGUGCCCAAGCUUAGCAUGGCUAAAUGUCGCAGAAAUGUUGAAAACUUUUUGGACGCCUGCAGGAAAAUGGGAGUCCCUGAGGAUAAGUUAUGUCUGCCACAUCAUAUUCUGGAGGAGAAGGGCCUGAUUAAAGUUGGCAUCACUGUCCAAGCUUUGCUGGAUGAGACUUCGGCCAGUGAGACACUCGUCACAUGAGUCGCACAAACACAUGCAGGUCUCGGUGACACACACACACACACACACACACACACACACACACACACUAAUACCGCCAGACGAUCUUUGAGAAAUUCCCUGGACCGUGUCCAUUUAUUUCUAAUAGAACAGGUGAUCCUCAGCUUGCAGGUAUAUGCUCAUGUUUUCCUCAUUUUCUUUACUUUAUUAUUUAGUACUGUUAUCUGAUCACUGUUGGCCAGGCCAUAGUCGUAUUAGCCAAAUUAGCUCUAAACUAGCUUGAGAUAAGAAAUUGCUUUAUUUAAAAUACAUUUAUUUAUUAAACAGUUGAGUGAUAUACAGAACUGUGCACAAUUCCUGAUGGUUUUUAUAUAUACAUCUACCGAUAUGAUAUUUGUGUUGGGCCUUUAGUGAUCUAGAUUUAAAACACUCGUCCUCCCAGAGUCCUUCGACUGUUUUUGUAACCACUUUUGAACUUGUUUUUGGGAGACGUUGAUGUUUUGUCUCAGGGGAGGUGUGACCUCGCUAUAGUUUCUUAGUCUCUGCUCUGCUUACCUGUCGGUCAGGUAUGAUUUCACUAAAAGAGUAUGUUUGAGUGUGUGGACAGUAGAAAACAACAUACCUGACAUUGGUUUUCAUUUGUUUAUGUGUGAUUGAUAUCUUGAGGAAAGUAUUUGUUUUGUGAGAGUGAGAGAACGAGAGCACAUGUUGGCACUUUUUGUAUGUUUGUGUGUUAAAGGACUUUUUUUUUUUUUACUUGUGCGUAUUUGUCUGAUGUCCAAAGCUUCAGCUCCUCACAGAUUCAGCCAUGAAACAGACCAAAACAUCUGAAGCUGAUAUCUCACUGGAGAUUAUUUGACAGUUGCCAAAAUUAUUUUCAUAUAUCAAACAGAUUUACAAACAUAAUCAUUUUAUAGUUUCUUAAAUGCAUUUUUAAAACAAGAGUUUUGUUUUUGUAGAAGGAUUUGUUAUGUGAUAUUGGCGUGUGAACGUGUAAAAUGUACAGAACGUUUAUAUUUGAUGUGCUUAUUUUAAUAUGUUUGAUUUGGUGUUUAUUUUACUUAAAUCUAAAGCACAAUUUAUUUUAUUAAUGUGAACUGACAGGGGGAAAACAGCUUUAUUAUCUUCUAGGUUCUUAUAUGAAAGCAGUUAUAACACUUCCAUAUGGAAUUUCAGAGACUGUUGGCUGUAGUUAUUUAUUCAUGACAAUAAUUUACAUGCAUUCAGUACAAAUACAACACAUUUACUAAGGAUUAUCUCUGUACUGUAAUUGCCAACAAAAACAUAUUAUCUGCUCUUAAAACUUAAUGCACAUUAUUAUACUGUAGCAAAUAUUAGGGACAAAAAUCUGGCCAGAAGCUUUAAAUUGCUGCAUCAUGGGUUAAAAUGCUAUCCUAAUAAUACUCGUACAACUUCCUAGAUUUUUUUACACCAUAAACCUAUCAUAAUUUGAUUAAAACAAAUGGAAACAAAAUGAAGGUGUGGAUCAGAAAAUGUAAUUUUAGAGACAUUUGAACAGGAUAGCACUUAGAUUGUGGUCUUUGAUGGUAGCUUUACAUGGUAUUUUACAAACCUUUAAUGUUGCGCUUUUUUUAAAUUCAUGCAUAGUUUAGAAAGUAGUCACAUCCUAUAAAUUCACUGCUGUAUCUUUUAAGAAAUUCUGUUCUUAGGGUAGUCCUCAAAGAUUAAAAACACUGAUUUGAGGUUUAUUGAUUAUAUUCAAGUACAGUAUCAACAUCUCUGCUACAGUGGGCAGGUUGUGCAUCAUUACUGUACUGUCAACAUUCCCCACCACUUCACAGAAAGAGUAGUGAAACUAGGCCUACUUCACACACACUAGAUAGAGGUUGAAAUGCAGAUUUGAUUUUGAAAUGACAGUGUUUUGCACUUUAUGUAUUUGGGUCUUUUUGGCAACUGGCAAAUAGUAUUAUGCAUGGUAUUUAUAUUACAGUAUUUGGAGAAAAUAUCAGCUGAUCAGAUCACUGUGUUUGAUAAAUCACUUUAAAAUGGGAUACAAAUCUUUAACUGCUGAAUGUUAUGUGGCUAUUUUGUCUACUUCUUUGUAUAAGGAGAAAAGGCUUGUACUAAACAGUUUUGUACUUUAAUUUUAUAAAUAGGAAUUAUUUUUCCAUGUCUUUUCAGUGUUUGGGAUUUUUCCCCUUUGUAAUUCUGUGAACUUUAAGAGCAUGUACAGUAAUGUUUUUGGGAAACGCAUGCAUGUCAUUCCACCUUUUGCCUUAACCUCUGUAAAUAAGGUUUAUUUGUACCAACUUCUACCAGUAAAUACUUUCACCUCCAAA